UCUGUCUGUUCUUUCCAUCAUCCGGCUUUGUCAAGUUCGCACCUAUAAUUUCUUGUGUGAAGUUAUUUUGCCAAAAUGGUCACCGCCAAGAAGCAGAAAAAAGCUUUAGAGAGCAUAAACGCUCGCCUUGCCCUGGUUAUGAAAUCCGGCAAAUACCAUCUCGGAUAUAAGCAAACACUGAAAACUCUUCGUCAAGGCAAAGCUAAACUGAUCAUCAUUGCCAACAACACCCCACAUCUCAGGAAAUCCGAGAUCGAGUAUUACGCCAUGUUGGCGAAAACCGGCGUGCACCACUAUAACGGAAACAAUAUCGAACUGGGAACGGCCUGCGGCAAGUAUUUCCGCGUGUGCACCCUGUCGAUUACCGAUGCCGGAGAUUCGGACAUCAUUCGUACCCUGCCGGAAGCCCAGGCCGCUGGACAGUGAGCUGGCCGGUGCACUUGUUGGUACCUGGAUGAGAGUUAGGUUGUAAAAAUGCAUUGAAAUCUAAUAAAAGAAAUUAUCUCAAUUA